GUCAAAACACGGAACUGGCGCAAUCUUUUGAAACAGUCAAGGCGUUUGUUUGUAUUUCCACUUUAAUGAACUCUGUUUUCUAUUUUCCCGUUUUAACGCACCGAUGAAAAUAUGCUGUUAGGUGCGAUCAGAAUGGUGAUUUAAUAAUAUUGCAGAUCUUCACUUUGCAUAAACUGUAAGUUCAUCGGUAUCCAAGGACGCGCUACAGGAUCUCAAUGGACCCGAAAGACAAUGAACGUGUUUUACUCCUCGAGGAAGAGGUGAGGAGUUUGUCUGAAGAACUCGCUCAGUGCCAGACAGACAAGGAGUUUGUGUGGUCGCUUUGGAAGCGACUUCAAGUGGCCAGUCCAGACCUCACCCAGGCAGUGAGUCUUGUAAUGGAAAGAGAAAAGCAGAAAGCUGAGAACAAGGACAGGAAAGUUCUGGAGAUCCUUCAAGCAAAAGACUACAGAAUCCAAGAGCUGGAGCAGAAAGUGACGGCACAAGAGCAGGAGAUAAACAACCGAGUCCAGCAGUUGCGUGGCAGUGAGGAGGAGUGCGGUCUAAUGAAGAAAGAACUGGCAGCUCUGCAGCACAGACUGGGGAAUAAGAGUCGACAACUUAAGGAAGUGAGGAGGCAGGCGCAGGAGUGCGAGGAGGAGGGCAGGCAUGCCCUACUGGAAGCCAGGCAACAAUUAGAUGCUCAGCACUCAGCCUCUCAGGCAGAGCUGGAGAGAUUGCGGGACCAAGAGGCCGUCAGCAAUUCCAGAGUCAAGAAUUUGGAAGAGGAACUAUUCAGAAGCAGACAGGACAUGCUAGAGGCUCAGAGUCGCUCAACUGCUUUGUCCCUUCAGCUUUCCACUGUAGAACGGGAAGGAGCUGACAAAGAACAACAGCUCUGUCAAAUCAAACGCGAGCUCCAGGACUUGCAGUGUCUGUACAGGCAGAGUGUGGAACAUGCAGGAGAACAGGCCCAGCUCAUUCAGCAGCUGGAGGGGCUUAACCUGGACACGCAAAGAGUCCUGCACAGCCAAGAGGAGGCCCACACGGCAGACACCGUCUCCUACCAGAAGCUCCACAGCGAGCUGAGCGUGUCAUACCAAGCCCUUUGGCACAGCCAGGAACAGCUCCGCCAGCGGGAAGCAGCCCUCAGCAUGCAGCUCAGCCAGAGAGAUCAGCAGAUCCAAGAACUCCAGGCACAGCUGCAGAGUUUCACAGCCGCCGCGGGGCACUGUGAGGUGAGUCCGUGUGGGGAGCACCAUGACAGAUUUACAUCAUGCUCAAUGCCCUUUGUAUGCAAAGCAAAACCCAGACGCUCCUCUCAACAUCUGCCUCUGCGUGUUAUUAGUGUUAGUGAAAGCCGAGCUACUAAGGAGAAUGAGGAUCUGCGACGAGCCCAUGCCAAACAUCAUGACCGUUUACGCAUCAUUCAGACCAACUACAGAACAGUGAAAGAGCGGCUGAAGGAAGCUGAAGAUACCCAUGACUUGUCAAAAUGCAAAACACAAGUGCAGCAGGACAGAGAGGAUUUAUGGAAUGAAUUGGUGUUUUAUAAGGAGGAGAACAAGAAGCUACUCUCUGACAAAGCUAAUCUGGAGGAGGAACUAAACGCAGCCCUUGACAGAGUUGCAGUGCAGGACCUACAAGAGCAUCAGCAGGAGGAAACGCAAGCAGAGCUUCUGUUUCGGGAAGUGCCGGAGGACGAGGUCAGGAGGAGCAGCACCCCCAUCAAGACAACCGCCAGAAGAGUGGAACAGACUUUUAAAAAGAUCGAGCAGUUACAAAGUCAAAUGGUCUCUCUGGAGAGCGAGAUCGUGCGGUUGCGAGAAAACAACCGGGCGCUACAGGAAGCGAACGGAGCUCUGGCUGGAGAGCGGAGUGUUUUGCAGGCCAGAGUUCAGCUUCUGCAGGAAAGCAAGGAGGCGGAAGAGGCCCAGGCCAGAGAAGAACAGGACCGACUGCUGGCCCAGAUGCAGAGCUUUGAGAGACAGGCGAAAGUGGCCAUGAAAGCUGCCGCCCAGGCCAGGCGCAGACUGCUUAAGAUCCGCCAGGAACUAGGAGUCCUUCGAGCCGAGAGAGAUUUCCAUCGGUCCGCAGCUAAAUGCAGGGCGAAAGCCACCACUCUGGCAAACAACAAGAUCAGGUCCAAAGCACCCUGGGUUGACACCUCCAGCAGAACACGCAUGCGCUCGACGCUGAACAGGAUGGACAGUCCCGCCAAGGACGAUUGGGAGGACAUGAGCACAGACAGUGACAGUGAAGAGUUCUCUGACAGCCUGGGAAGUCGAUAUUCUGUUCAAGCUCGACGAGUUUCAAGGAAAACUAAGGGCUGCAGGUACAUGCUGAUCUGCCCCACAGACAGGCCUGGAGAGGAAUCUCAAACCAGAAACAUCCAAUUCCAAGGUGCCUCCCAGCAAAAGAUCAGGGAGAAAAGAAUUUCAAAGUCCCAUGCUGUUUUGCAACAGCGUCUUCUGUCCCUCCAGCAGCAAGUCACAGCUCUACAGGCAGAAAAACAAGCAGCACAGCAGCUCGCAGCAGAGCAGAGCCACAGACAAGUGCAAACUCAAGUGCAGUUAGACUCCCUUCUCCAGCAACUCAACGCCAGCAAGCAGCUUUCAAAGAAGCAGGCGUGCGAGCUGGCUGGUCUGGAGCAGCAGAAGGCAUCUCUGCAGAUGGAGUUAGAGCAGUGGAGACGAAUACGGCAGCAAACGUCAAUGAACCCCCCUGCCGUAGACCCGGAGCGCCUGCAGGCCCAAGUCAAACAGCUCACUCACCGACUGAAGAAUGCCAGCAGUGAGAUGAGCAAACACACUGCUGCUAACAAGAGCCUGAGGGCUCAGUUAGAUGAAAGAGAUCAGACACUGAAGGAACUGCACGAGAGGGUUGGUGUUUUAGAGAGGGAUGUGACGAUGAAAAGGCAGCUGGUGGAGGAUCUCAGGUGCAGACUAAAGAUUUGCCAGGACUCUGAAAGGAGCCAUAGAGCAGUGACUGAAGACUUGGAAAAGAAAAUGAAAUCUCUCACUGAUGAGUCAACUAACCGGAAAGCCCUUGUCGACUCUCUAAAGAGAAGAUUGACAGUUGCCACUGCAGAAAAAAAACAGCAUGAGACAACAAGCCAAAAACUCAAAGAAGAGCUUCAGAAAAAGGAGCAGAGAGUGGCCGUCCUCCAGGCGCGCAUAAGCGAGCACGAUCAGGCCAUGGCUGAGCUGGAGCAGACUGCGUCUAAACAGAUGCAUGGUUUGGCCGAGCAGAGCUCUCAGGCUCUGGAAACACUGCAGAGAAAACUCACCCUCGCCGAGUCCCAGCUGCACCAGUUCCACACAUUCAUUGGGGCACUGGCUAAUCAAUUGGCUCAGGAUGUGCAGGAUAUUAAAGCCCGUUUGACGAGGAAGAAAAAGAGUGAAAGAGAAGGAAACAGAAUGUCUAAAUGCUCACUAGUGAAAGCAGCGUCUAUCCUCAACAUGACAGAAACAGACCUGGUGAACAUGCUGGACACAGAUGAGUGUGAGGAGGCGUUUGUGGGUCGUGGGCCAGACACAGAUUGGGCUGAACAUGUACAACACAUCCUUCAGCAGCAGAUCCCCUCUGCAGGCCUGCUGAUGGACGCCAUGCUGGUGAAGAUGAAGGAGGGCAAAGUGCUGACAGAGGAACUGGCUGCACUUACAGCUGCAGUCAGCAAAAAUGCCUGACCGGAG